UUGGCAACAUUUGUACAAAUGUCUGACGUCGGCUUUUCACUUACGUGUUAUGUUUAUCGUUUUAUUUAUUAAAAUUAUUAACUUAAAAUGAAAGUCCUAUACAUUUUAUUCCUUCUGUGGCAUAUUGCUAACGGAGAUGAACAUACCCAUACCUACAAAGACAGAGAGCAGGUGGUGUUGUGGAUGAAUACGGUGGGUCCGUACCAUAAUCGCCAAGAGACGUAUGCAUACUUUUCACUGCCUUUUUGUGCUGGUACUAAAGUUACAAUAGGUCAUUACCAUGAGACUUUAUCGGAAGCUCUUCAGGGAGUCGAGUUGGAGUUAAGUGGAUUGGACAUCACAUUCAAAGAAAAUGUUCCAGCACAACAAUUUUGUGCCAUUGAACUUGAUGAGCAGUCAUAUAAAGCACUUGUCUAUGCCGUGAAAAACCACUACUGGUACCAAAUGUACGUAGACGAUCUUCCAAUUUGGGGAAUUGUCGGAGAAAUUGAUGGUGACAAUUAUUACAUUUGGACCCACAAGAAAUUCGACAUUGGUUACAAUGGAAAUCGAAUUGUUGAAGUUAACCUUACAGCGGAAAAUAAAGAAAAAUUAGUGCCUAAUGCAAAAAUUCCUUUCACUUAUGAAGUGAACUGGAAGAAGAGAGAUAUUAAGUUUGAAGAUCGUUUUGAUAAAUAUCUGGAUCCGAAUUUUUUUCAACACAGGAUUCAUUGGUUUAGCAUCUUCAACAGUUUCAUGAUGGUUAUUUUCUUGGUAGGUCUUGUAUCCAUGAUCCUUAUGAGAACACUUCGUAAGGAUUAUGCCCGAUACUCCAAAGAUGAUGAUCUUGAUGACUUGGAGAAAGAUUUGGGAGAUGAAUAUGGUUGGAAGCAGGUUCAUGGUGAUGUCUUUAGGCCUGUACCACAUCUGGCAUUAUUCUCAGCUCUGAUAGGUGCUGGACAUCAGCUUACUGUUGUUACGCUAGCUGUUAUUAUUUUUACUAUAUUUGGUGAGCUGUAUACAGAAAGGGGAUCCCUCCUAUCAACAACAAUAUUCAUUUACGCAGCGACAUCACCAGUCAAUGGAUAUUUUGGCGGUUCCUUGUACGCUAGAAUGGGUGGAAGACUCUGGAUCAAACAAAUGUUAUUAUCUGCCUUCCUGUUGCCUGUGCUGGUUUGUGGUACAGCAUUCUUCAUUAACUUUAUUGCAAUGUAUUAUCAUGCAUCUAGAGCUAUACCUUUCGGCAGUAUGAUUGCUGUUAUGUCUAUUUGCACGUUUGUGAUCUUACCGUUAACCUUGGUUGGUACAGUUCUUGGACGUAAUCUGGCGGGACAACCUGACUAUCCGUGUCGCAUUAAUGCCGUACCAAGACCAAUCCCUGAGAAGAAAUGGUUUAUGGAACCAUUCAUUAUCAUUAUCAUGGGUGGUAUUUUACCUUUUGGGUCGAUAUUUAUCGAAAUGUAUUUCAUCUUCACUUCAUUCUGGGCUUACAAGAUUUAUUAUGUCUAUGGAUUCAUGUUGCUCGUUUUUCUGAUUCUGAUGAUUGUAACUGUGUGUGUUACAAUUGUAUGCACCUAUUUCCUGUUGAAUGCCGAGGAUUACCGCUGGCAGUGGACAAGUUUCUUGUCGGCUGGAAGUACUGCAUUAUAUGUGUACCUGUAUUCAUUCUAUUACUUCUUGUUCAAAACAAAGAUGUAUGGCUUGUUUCAAACAACCUUCUAUUUUGGUUAUAUGGCACUCUUCAGUUUAACUUUGGGAAUAAUCUGUGGUACUGUUGGUUAUAUCGGUACAAGCUUCUUUGUGAGAAAAAUUUAUGCAACUGUCAAGAUCGAUUAGGUUAUGAGUAAGAUUUUAUGUUAUUUGCGUAUUUUUUCCAACAAUAUUCUGAUUGCUAGAUAAGUAAUUAUUGUAAUUGCACUGAAACUUGCGGUGGUUUCUUUGAUCUUUUAACUAGAGAAGAUGUGAGGGUGAUGUCUGGAUAAAACAUACAAUAGAUAAAUAUAAUAUAAUUCAUGAAGACAUUGCUAGACUUUGGAUUUCCAGCUAAUUGUGAAUAAUCAAGCUUUUAUUGAGGAAUGCACAAAAUGCAAGCGUUCUUUCAUUUUUAAAGUAUUUUUGCUGGCAGCAUAAAUUACAACCUAUCAAUCGAUAUUUAAACCUUAAUUUGUAAUGUCUAACUUCAAACCUAUUAUUGAUAUAAUUAAAGCAUUUUUUAAUUAACGAUAUAAAUUCAUACUUUUAUUUGUUCAUUGUCAUAACUUCAAAAAAGAAAAGUAUUUGUCAAUACAGUCAUUUUUAUUAUUUGUGUCGAUUGAAGUGAUGUUUAUUAAAAUUUGUCGUAUAUUUUUUUAACAACAGAAUUUUAUGUCAGUCGGUGUCCUUAAAGAAAUUGUUUCAAGACUUUAUAGCAACACUAUUCCUAUCUUGCAUUAGUCAACAUUCUAAAAAAAUAUGUAAAUAUAAAAAUUUUAUUAGUGAUUUCAUCAAUAUAAUCUUAUCAGAUUAGUUUUGUAAAGAUUGAAUCAACUUUUAAUUUUUCUUAGAAGCUAAAUUCCAUAUCUCGUGGACUACUAUGGUUAAUUUUAUUAGUCUCUAGAUAAGUGACUGUAAUUAAUACUUAGAAUAAUUUCACUUAUGUAAAUAUUAACUAGAUUUAUUAUUAUAAUUAAAACUUAAUUAUAUAUAAAGUAAUGUAUAUUGCAUUAAUAUUUAAAUUGUGUGUUACUGAAGAUGUUAUAGUUAUGUAUGCCAUCCAGCAUAAAUGUAAUAAAUAUCGAAAAUAAAUGUGACUACAUGCAAAAAACUA